AUGGAAGUGACGAAGGGGGAAGGCGGCGCCGGCGUGCCAGAAGAACGCAGGGAGAACGGAGGAGGAUUCGAUUGGUCCGGAUUCUUCAAGGGGUUUCCAACUCAGCACUUGGGGACUGGGGUCGCCGUUGUGGCCGGGAGCGGCACGGCGGCGGAGGGGCAUGCCUCGGUGAGGAUGUGCGUCGAGAAAGUUAACGGUGCCGGCUCUGGAUGCCCAAACCCAGUGGGCGUUGUCAUGAAUCGGUCACUGCACGGCUCUGUAAAUGAGUGUGAUGCUCGGUGCUCCUGCUACCCAUGCCUGUUGCUGUUGCAAUCAGCUCCCUCUAGUUUUGUCCUUCCACCAGAACCACCAGCUGCAAUGUCACUUCAUUCGAGCUCUGCAUGCUUCGUGCUAACUUCGAAUCCUUACAUAUUGCUACAAAUCGUCUUAUACGUCUAUCUGUUUUACACAAAAUUACCUGGACUUGAUGAGCUAUCUACUAGAACUGAAUUAGAUUGGGAAUUAGAGAAUUGGGGGAUUGGAAUUUAUAGUCAGAUGUUUGGCUCUCACCAGAAGGUUCCUCUAUUUGUCCAGACGCAGGAAUAG